CCGGGUGUGACGUCAGUACCAGGCCGGGAUACAGUGCGGUUUAAGUAAUGGGCUCGCCAUACGUUAGUUGGCGCUGGUGGCCAUUGAAACAAAUGGUUGCCCAUUAAAACAAAUGGAUGCCCAGAAGAUUAGCGGUUCAAACACCUGGGUUAUUAAGUGCCAGAGAUUUGCGCGGCGUCUCCUGUUGCCAUGGUGACAGGAUUUUAUAAUAGAGUUUCCGGUCUAUAGUACGAAAUGCGGCUUAAUAAGUGAACCAGUUCCAAUAUCGAUGGGGCCACGCUGACCUGUGUGGGGGUGUUGGCUGUUGUGACUAACACAAAUGAACCUAUAGGAGCGUGUUCUUGUCCUUGACAUGUUCGUGUUUGUAUUAAACGAGCGAGUUCGCUCCUUCAUUAUCUUCUACAUAACCAGUCUACUCAUCCCAUAGCAACCAGAUGGCGAGUGCGGGCCGGGCAGCUCCCCCAGACCUCAAGGGGUUUCAUGCAAAGGAGGUUUCUGAGCGACAUAGGCUGAGAGACGUGUUAUGUACCCGGCUCAGCAGUGAUUUGCUCAGACUGUAUAAUGAAGAACUACACUCAGAUGUUGCUUUCUGUGUUGGACAAAGGAUAUUUAAAGCUCACAAGGCCAUCCUUCUUGCAAGAGUUCCAAAGUUUUACAGCUUCAUUAUUGGGCAAUUUAAGGAUGAAACGCAUUCUGUGGCAAGCAUUGAACCAUCUGAAAUGAAUGUAUUCUUACAGUAAAACUGUGUACUCUUCUCACUGGAAUGUUAACGAAAGAGAGGAACACAUCCUUAAUCUGAUAAAUGGGGAUCAAACAGUGUCCAAUCCAAAUCAAAAUGAUGAUGCAUGGAAUACAGUUCAAAGCGACACACACUCUGCAGGAAAAUUUACUGAAGACUCUUUAGACCUUGAAGACCAGCGUGAUCUUGAACCAGCAUCUGAACUUGGAAAGGAUUUGCUGAAACUUUUCCAAGGUUCUUUUUGUCCUGAUGUAACAAUUCAAAUAGAUCAUAGAUGUUUCCGUGUGCACAGGGCUAUACUGUGUGCCAGAUCAAGUUACUUCAAUGCUAUGAUGAGCGGACAUUGGGCUGAGAGUUCCAGAGAGCUCAUACAUAUUCAUGGAAUCAACCAAAUGGAUAUGAUAAUCAUAAUGCAUUUCCUAUAUGGAGGAAUAACAGAUCUACCAAAAAAUGCUGAUCCUGGCCACAUACUCUGUAUUGCCGAUAUGUAUGGAUUAGAGGGGCUGAAGGCAGUUGCCAUUUAUGUUUUGAGAAGAGACUACUGCAAAUUUUUCCUCAAGCCUGUUGUUGGAAUGCAGCAGUCCGUACUAGAAUGUCUGUCCAUUGCUCAUUCUUUGGGAGAGGAACAAUUGUAUAUUGCCUGUAUGAGAUGGGUUGAAAAAUAUUUCGUUAAAUGCUGGUCUGAAAGGAGCUUUGCCAGUUUACAAACUGAGCUACAGAAAAAUUGCUUUGUAUAUUUGGUUCAGUCACUAUCUUACAGAAAUGCUGCAUUAAUUCUGAUGGAAAGUGAAAAACUUCUCAGCUUACUUCCCAGUGUAAGAUGGGCUGAAAGGGCCACAAAUCUGGCAUCAGAACUUAAGGAAGCAUGUGUCCAGUACAUAGUGGCACAUUUUCCACAGAUUAUAAAGACUGAAAACUUCUUUGGUUUGUUACAGGCUCAAGGGAUGAGUAACAGACCAUAUCUUUUAGAACAAAUCUUUAAUGGAAUUGAGAAAAAUAUGUCAUUUCAGAAUUGCUGUUCUCUGUUUUUGGCUUUGGAUGAGUUAUUGGAUUUGGCAUCAAACAAUGAAAUGGGUUUUACGUGUAAGAUACAGGCUCUGCGUGAUAAGCUGUGGACCUUCCUGGUUCAGUCUUUUUAUGCUGUACGGCACUCCGAAGGGUGGAAAUUGAUGAGGCCAGAACAUCAAGAGAAAAUAGAAUCAGCUGCCUUAGAUAAAGGUGAUGAUCGAAGACUUGCAAAGAAACCAAUAUUCACUAGUUCACAGCAAAGCAGACCUAGGCUAACAGAAAUUAAAAAAAGUUCUCAGUCAGCAGUAAACAGAACCUCUUCAAAAAGUGAUUUGCCUGUUAAGAAGAUGAAAUCUGAGUCACUUGGUGCUUCUGGGAACACUUCUACUGCAUCUAGAAAUUCAUCUGGAAAGGCUAAAGAUGAUGACUUAAAAAGCAAAGAUGGCAAGAAAAUGUUAACAAAAGGGAUAAGAGACCAAAAGCCACUAGAAAAAAACAUUACAACCAAACCAAAAACUAUUCUGAAAACAAAGGCAGAAAGUAAUGGCACUGCAAAAACUGAAACAUGUGCUGCUAAAGGGGACUCAACAGCCACUUCAAAAUCAUUAUCAUCUGGUAGAUUAGGAGCAAGACCAAAGGCUUCCAAUGAUAGCAAUUCACAUUCAAAGCCAAGGGCUCCUAAGUCCACAGGUAAAAACACUGCUUGUCCAGUAAAAGUUAAUAUUAAGCCUGCAAACUCCACUGUAGAAUCCGCAAAUCCAAUUGGAUCUUCUGAAGAACAGAUAUGUCAGACUGCUUCAGAUGAACAGAAUUCCACUAAUUCUUCACCACAAAGUUGUAAAAUAUUAACAAACUGUUUGGAUAGUCCUAAAGAUCGAGGACAAGCAGUUAAAUCAAAAUCUCCAGCAAAAAUGUCUAAUGGGUCUUCCAUCAAAAGGAAGGUUAAUGAAGCUGAAUGCCAAGGAGAAACGAACAGCAUUUCAACAAAGAAAAAUGUUACUAGUUCUAAGGAAACAGUUACUGAGAAGAAAAAUGCAACUAAAAGUACAAUAAAUACUGCUCAGCAAAGGCCAAAGAGCGCCCCUGCAGCCAUGUUUAAAAAGCCAGGAACAUGUUUGCAGGGCAAUGGGGCAAGUCCACAACGAUCUGCUGCUUCCAAACAAACUGAAACCAAGUCAGAUGUAAAGACCAUGAAUAAAAAAAUUUCAAAAAAUGCACCUUCAUCAAGUAAAAUGAAUGCUAAGCAAAAAGUCUCAAUACCUAAGAAUACAUUAAGUGAGAAUAUUUGUUCUAAUGCAAACCACAAAGAAUCCAAACAGAAAACAGUGACAGGGUCCAACUCAUCUAAAGUUAAAGCUGCAAACUUAAAUACCAGAAGGGAAUGUAAAGACUCACCAUGUGCAUUAAAAAACAGCUGUGACCAACAAACGCUGCAGCAGAACGAAGAGACUAAUAAACUAGAUGAUUGUAAGCCUCCUCCAUUAUGUUUAGCAAAUGAAUGCAAGCAAAUUACUUGCCAUUCUCCAGAACAGCCAUCUGGCCAUUCUGAAGAAAUUAGUAGAAAAGUUCUAACAUUAUCUAUGAAUGAGUGUUGUCAAGAUAAUUCAGCAGACAAACAACAUUCUGUGGUACAAAAUUGUAUGUCUGAUCUGUGCUACAGUCAACAAAAUAUUGCAGAGGCAGCUAUACAUGGUGUUGCAGAAGAAAUUGUGGCUGUGGAUGUUGAGAACAAAGCAUCAACAGAAGCAAGCUUGGCUUUAAAUAUCCUAGGUUGUGAUACUUCAGAAAGUAAACUUAUUUGUGAUUCAGAAAACUCUAAUAAAUGUGUUGACAGUUCAAGUGAAAGUGAAUUAUGCUCUGUAAAGGAGGUAGAUACAAAUUAUUCAAAGGCAAAUUGUAGAAUAGGUGACACUGAUACCCCCUUUACUGGUGCCCAAACAACUAAUAGCAGUUCCAGCCAGGGAUCAGCAAUUAAUGGUGGUGAGCACUAUAUGCCUGUAUCCUCUUUUGAAAUUAGAAUUGGUGCAGCAAUUGAAAGCCAUGAAAGCACUCAAAACCAGCUUUCAUUGCACUGGAAUAAGCAUUUAAAUACAUUACACGAUAGAGAGAGUCCAGAAUCCGAGAGUGGAAGUGCUAGCACAUCAUCAGAUGACAUCAAGCCAAGGUCAGAAGAUUAUGAUGCGGGUGGUUCUCAGGAUGACGAUGGUUCAAAUGAAAGAGGAAUUUCAAAGUGCAGCACAAUGCGUUGCCAUGAUUUUCUUGGAAGAAGUAGCAGUGACACUAGUACCCCUGAAGAAUUAAAAGGAUAUGAUGGCAGCCUCAGAAUUGAUGUAAAAAUGAAAAAGGAGCAUUCUGCAGAUUUGUUUCGAGUGAACUCUACGAGUGAUGAUGAAGCACCACAGAAACGGGCAGAAAUAUGGGGUCAGAGAGAUAUAGCUAGAAAUAACAUGAAUCAGAAAGCUGUUAACUGCAAUGCACCAUUCACUCAUGAAAUAGAACAUCUUUCUUCAUCAGCUGAUGAAACGGAGGAUGAACGUUCAGAAACAGAAAACGCUGCAGAAAAAGCACUGGCAGAUGCAACACUGCAGCCUUUUCAAGGAAUUAUCAAUUUAGCUUUUGAUGAUUUGAAUGAAAUGGAAAGUGUAAAUAAUCAGGCUGCUGGCAACAAAAACUUUACAAGAUCAGUUUUGCUUUCUGUUGAUGAAUGUGAAGAGCUAGGAUCCGAUGAAGGAGACCUUAAUACAAUACCGAAGAGAGAUACAGUAACCCCAUCAGAUGUUUUUGAGAAGAGCUCUAAUGAACAAUCAGGAGCACAAAAUGUCAGAUUUUUACACAGUCAGGUCUGCACACCCGAGUGUGCUUCAUCUGAAAAACAACCUGCUCAGGAAGAGGGCAAAGACUGUGUAGAAUCAGAAAUUUGUAAGGGUAACUACACACAUGCAGAAAGUGAUUUGAAGUCUCAAAUAAGGCCCUGUCAUUUGGACCUUUACACAACAGAAACACUAUCUGAUUCCCAAAAGUUUUUCUGUACUGGGAAUUCUUGUAAGAGUCAGAUUCUUGACCAUCAAGAGAGAGACAUCCAUGAAUCACCAUCUGAAAAGUGCAGUUCUGCAGGACACAUAGAUGAUUUUGACUCAUUGGCACAAUUCUGCAUGUAUGAACGUCGUCCUUCAAAAUCACUUUCUCCUAUAUAUGAGGUGGAUCCUGGCCAAGGAAUUGAACAGGAUAAGAAUACAGAAGCAAAAAUUGUGGAUUUUAACUUUGAAGAUCAACAUUUUGUUGAAAGGGACUGGAUUCUUCUAAGACAGCUUUUAGCUGAUCAUGGCUCAGAUGUCGACAUUAUAAACUCUGUCCCUGAAGACCUCAGUUUAGCACAGUACUUAAUAAAUCAGACAUUGCUUUUGUCUAGAGAGCAAUCAAAAUCUCAGGUUGAGACUUCAAGUAGGUGGGGUGAUAUAGCAUCUCCAUAUGAUGACUCCACGAGUAUCACAGUGACAAGUUUUUCUCCCGAUGACUGUUCUUCUCCACAUGGGGAAUGGACCAUUCUUGAAUUAGAGACGCAUCACUAAAAGUAAAAUAGUGGGUUUUAUUUUUAAAAAUCUCUUAAGUUUUUACUUUAAAGGAUUGGUGUAGUCAUGUAAUGUUUGAUUUAUAAAUUAAUUGCAAAAUCAAAAAUCAAAUGGGCAAUAGAAAUAGAAUAUACUUUAUUUUUGUCCACUCAAUGUCCAGUGACAUUGAAACUGGACUGGAACAACUGGAGCAACGUAACAAAAUGAGGGUUAACAGGGAGGAUGCACUUCAAAGGAUGCAUCGAAAUGAAGGUGAGACUGCAUGUCUCAUGGUCACUUAAGCUAAGAAUGCCUGCACAACAGUUUCUGGUCCUUGUGUUGCCAGGGCUAAUGCAUUCUGCGAUAAAUGUGCCAUCUACUUAAUGUGCUCCUCAAAAAAUGACUUAUAUGGAGUGAAAUUUGCCUUGUACUUAAGUUGUAUAUGUCCACUUUAAAACCAGCCAGUAACAGCAGGACUGACAGACAAUAACACCAGUAUCCUUUCUAAUUAGGAAGGAUAUUUGCCAUAUAUUGCAUUGUAAGAUGCAGUAUUAGCUGUUAUCUUGUAGUGCUUUAUUAAAAAUAUUCAGGAUUCUCAUUCCAAGCAUCCAAUUUGUUUUUUUCCCACAAUUGUGAAAUAUACUUCUGUAAAUAUAAUUUAUAAAUGAUUGUGAAUGUCCUUUAUGCCUUAGGCUUGCACCAUUUUUAAAAAUGAAAAAUGUUAGCCAAAAGGUUUGCUAUUAAUUUAUAUAAAGAAGACUUAUCCUCCACAUUUCACACAAUGGAAUUAAAAUGGGCAAAUGAUUUUUGGCAGUGGAACUGAAAUAGUAUAGCCUCUUGCCUACCACAGAGACACUUUUGUUAAAAAUCUGAAGACCAAAACAAGAAAAAGGGAAACAGUACAGAAAGGCCUCAGGAAGUGCAGGAAGUGGAAAGAAUGAAAUAAAUUGUUUAAAAAAAAUAACACCAUUUUAUCCAGAAUCCUAUGAUAAUGUAAAUUUAGGCACAACCUACUUAACAGAAAGGGGUUUAACAUGUGGGAAAACCCCUGUGAGAAGCGCAGGGGGCCAGAUUCAGUAGAGGAUGACCCCAAGACAGCUGCAAAAGUCAUUACAAAAUACACAGUACUGUAAAACCCCAGCUGGAGGUGGAACAAACUUGCCACAAAUCAUUGAGUGGCUUUAAACAAAUUGCACUGAAAAUAUUCUGAAAAAAUGGCUAUAGAGCAAUGACCAUGCCCCACUUUUUAAAAAUAGCUUUUUCACCAGCAUUGGGUAUAUUUGCUUUCUCUGAAAUUGUUGGGGGACUUCAGCAACUGAGGCCAAACUGGUCAAGUAGGUUAUGGACACAAUUUUACCAUGGGGUCUUAAAGGGCUGGAAAUGAUAUUAUGCAUUAAGUAAUUUUUACUUCUAAAUUUAUAUUGCAUUCAUUGCUUGAGCAAGAUAUGGGCAUGUGAUUUUUUUUCUUUCUUCAAUUUUUUUUAACAAAUAAAAUAGUUUUCACUGA